AUGACAUCUUCAAAUCAUGAGAAUGCUGCAGGACCCUUGAUGAGGUUAUGGGGGAAGAUAGUUGGGUGUGCCUUGAAGCUCAAGAAACUAGGGAAAGAUGAUCCAAGAAGGAUUAUUCAUUCUUUUAAAAUGGGGCUGGCUCUCACAUUGGUGUCAAUUUUCUACUACUUUAAACCACUCUAUGAAGGUUUUGGUCUUGCUGCAAUGUGGGCUAUUUUAACUGUUGUGGUUGUGUUUGAAUUUACCGUUGGAUCCACACUUGGAAGAGGUUUAAAUAGAAUGUUGGCAACUUUAACCGCUGCUGCUCUUGGCGUCGGGGCACAUCGCUUAGCAACUCUUUCUGGAGAGACAGGGGAACCCAUACUUAUUGCUCUCUUCGUCUUUAUCAUUGCUGGAAUAGUGACAUUCCUGAGAUUCAUUCCCCAAAUUAAGGCAAGGUAUGAUUAUGGGAUGCUGAUAUUCUUAUUGACAUUCUGCUUGAUAUCGGUGUCUGGUUAUCGCGAUGAAGAGGUUAUAGAAAUGGCCUUCGAGAGGUUAUCGACAAUUGUCAUUGGAAGCUGCACUUCUGUCAUUGUAUGCAUUUUCAUAUGUCCAGUAUGGAUUGGGGUGGAUCUUCACAAUCAGAUUGCUACCAACAUUGAAAAGCUUGGGAAUUUCUUAGAAGGAUAUGGAGAAGAAUACUUUAAAGUAUCUGAGGAAGGGCAGCCUAGAGACAAGUCAUCAAUUCUUGAUGGAUAUAAAAGUGUUCUAAGUUCAAGUAGCAAGGAAGAAACCAUGGCUAAUUUGGCAAGAUGGGAACCGCGUCAUGGAAAGUUCAGGUUUCGUCAUCCAUGGAAACAGUACUUGAAAGUUGGGAGCGUAACUCGCCAAUGUGCUUUCAAAAUUGAAGCUCUCAACAGCUACCUUAUCUCUGAGAUCCAAUCACCUCCAGAAGUUCGAAGCAUAAUUCAAGAAGCAAGCACAGCAGUUAGCUCAGAGUGUGGCAAAGCAUUGAAGGAAUUAGCAUCUGCUUUACGAAAAAUGACUAAAUCAUCAGCAGCAGAACCUCACAUUGCCAACUCAAAAGAUGCUGCUGAAAAUCUCAAAUCUGUAAUCAGAUCCAGCUUAUCGAAACAUGACGAUAUCCUACAGAUCAUACCAGCAGGUGCAGUGGCUUCACUACUGUGUGAAGUUGUUAAAUGUACAGAGGAAAUUGCUGAUGCUGCUCAUAAACUGGCGUCCCUCGCACAUUUUAAGAAUGCUAAGCCGAAAGUGACCCCAGAGCAGAAAGAAUUACCUUCACCGGGAAUUGUGCAGCCAGUAUCAGGCAUCGAUGGAAUGCAUCACAUUAUUACGAUUAAUGAACCAUCUCAAAGUUUACAGGAAAAUCGGAAUCUCCCACCAGCAACGGCUCCAAGAAUGGAAGUGUAG